GGAUCUGUGGAAGUAAUAAUGGAUAUUUACUGGUUAUUCUUCUGGGUUCUGCUUGCAAUAUGUGUUGUGUUAUACAUGUAUACUCGUCAAGUUGUUAAUGUAGUGGAAGAUGGAAAUUUUCUUUCAUUUCAAAAAACCUACAUGGUUGUUUACCUUCUGGCGAUGGGUGGUGAUUGGUUUCAAGGUCCCUAUGUUUAUGCAUUGUAUCAACAUUACGGUAUGAGUUCUCACCAGAUAGAUAUUCUAUUUGUUGCUGGAUUUGGGUCAAGUAUGAUAUUUGGAACAUUUGUUGGCUCUGUGGCCGAUAAGUUUGGUCGUCGAUUCAACUGUGUUCUGUAUGGAAUUUUGUACAUUUUAUCUUGUAUUACUAAACAUUUCCCACACUUUACCAUUUUACUGGUUGGGCGGUUUUUGGGAGGUAUCGCUACUUCUAUACUCUACAGCGCGUUUGAAUCUUGGUUGAUCUGCGAACACCAUAAGAGAGGAUUUAAUGGAGAUUUGCUUGGAAUCCUUUUUUCAAGAGCUACGCUUGGCAACUCAUUGACUGCAAUAUCAGCUGGACAUAUUGCACAGACAUUUGCUGAUCGCUAUGGAUACGUUGCACCCUUUGAUUUAUCCAUAGUCACACUAGUCAUGAUGAUAGUUGCCAUCAUGUACACGUGGAAUGAAAACUAUGGAGAUUCUCAGUCAACCAUUACAGUGAGUUUUGGUAAAGCUGCUGAAGCGAUAAAACAAGAUCCUAAAGUGUUAAUGCUUGGAUUGGUGCAAUCAUUAUUUGAGGGGGCCAUGUACACGUUUGUGUUGGAAUGGACACCAGCUUUAUCAAAUCCCAACUCUGAUAAAAGUAUUCCACAUGGUCUGAUAUUUGCUUCUUUCAUGGUUGCUGUUAUGAUCGGUUCAUCUGUAUUCAAACUUCUAACCAAAGUAAGGACAAUUGAAUCCUUCAUGCGCUUUGUUCUCCUGAUUGCUGCCAUGUCGCUGGCUGUACCUGUAGUUCUACCAGAUCACACUAAUGUGGUAUUCAUGGCGUUUUGUGUGUUUGAGAUGUGUGUUGGUAUAUUCUGGCCAUCACUUGGUACUAUGAGAGGUUCCUAUGUUCCUGAACAAGUGAGAUCUACAGUAAUGAACUUCUUCCGUAUUCCACUCAAUCUGAUUGUUAUAGUUCUGUUGAUACAGAACUUGAAGAUAAAGGUUGUUUUCACAUGUUGUGUUUGUUUCCUUCUUCUUGCAACAGUUUGUCAGCAUAUUCUUCACAGAUUUGCUUCAAAACUUCCUAAAAAGGAAGUUUCUGAAGCAGAAGAUGAGAAACCCAUGUUAGAAGUUUAAAAUUUUUAGAGAAAUUAUUUUAAAAUACACAUUAACGCAUUUUAUGAACUCGCAUAUCUGCUAUGCAUUUUUAUGUAGUGCCUUUUUUGAACUGAUUCACAUUAACAAAUUCCAGCAUUUAAACAUAUUUAAGAAUUCUGUAUCAUAAUGGUUGCGUUGCGUUAUAUUCGAGUGAUUUUGAAGGGUCUGUUGGAAAAAUUCUCUGGCAGGCUGUCAUGAUUCUUUUAAGUCCCUGAAUGAACUUUCUUUGCGUUUCAUCGUUAAGCACAUGAGCGAUUUGUUGUGAGAAAAUUUUCUCUCUUCCUGUACGGGCAUGGAUCCCCACCAUUGUGACACCAAUUGGCCAUGGGGCAUUUCCAAUUGCCAUUUGAAGAUAUAUUGCACUUGCCUUUGUAAAAAAGUAAUGUUGUAAAAUGUAGUGUUGCUUGUUAAAACCAACCUAGCGAUUAGCGUUAUAAUAAAUAUAUGUUUCUGUUUCUUUUUUGUGUCAAUUUAUGUAAAAUGCGGUGUUGCUUGUUACAUGUUAUACAGAUAUUAACCUGCUUAGCGCUUAGCGAAAUAUUACUAUUGAAUACAAAUGUUUUCUGUACCU